CUUUUAUUUGUGAAGUCUAUGUUUCAUUUACACAAUGACGUUUGCAUUAAACAUUUUGUAUUUUAUUUUAAAAAAUCGUUUUAAAAUGUGACAGUAAUUGAUAUAAAAAUAAGUUUUUUUUCUUUUUGGAUGCGACUGUGUAAGUUUGUAUAGCGAGUGAAGUUUCCUAAAAGUACUGUAAAUAAUUUUCAUAACCUAACCUUACUUGCUUCUACCGUUGUUUAAUAAAUAAAAAGUAAAUUUAUUCAAUUGAGAGAUAAAUCUCACUAGUAUACGAAAUAUAAUCGGCAGCGACUUAUUUUUGCUUGCUUUAAUGUAGAAUUUUAAUAAUCUGGUAAAAUAAUCAUCUUUAUUGGAUAAAAAUGGCUUAGAAAAUGUGUUGUUCUGGCGAUAUUCAGAUAGAAUGAAAGGAUUGUUAUUGAAUAAUUGGAAUUUUGUGCAAACAUCUAAGUUAAAGCCAAAAUGAACAAUUCCGAAAUCAUUAACAAAUUCAAAUUUCGUCGCAUUGUCUUAGCCGUAUGCCAAGCAUAAACAAUGAUCAAAACAUAAGGUCGAGUUUACACGAAAAUGUCCGAGGAUUUUCAUCAUGAAAGUAGCUCAAAAUUAUUGUCGAAAUGUACACAUUCAAUUGAAUAUUUCAAUGAGAUAAACGUCGAAACCGAAUCGAGCGAGGAAGAAAUAAAUGUGGUCGAUCAUAUGUACGCGACAAAUAUCGAAAAUGGAGACAUAAACGAUUUAUCAAACGAAAGUCCGCCAAUCAACUGUCAAACUGCCGAAAGUGAGGUUAAACUCAUCAAAGAGUGGUUAAUUUUGCAUACAGAUCUGAUCCAACAACAAAAUGAUGAUAUCCUCGAUAAAGACAGGGAAAUCUACAUAUUACGGAAAGAAAAUGAGAUGCUCAAAGAGAGGAUAAAUUGUAUAGAAAAAGGGAUUCCAUUUCAAUUGGAUAAGCCAAGCAACCAAGUUAUUGAAGAAGAGGUUAUUGUUGAAGAUAUGACCCAAGGCUCUUUAAAAGAGGGAAUUCAGGAAGGUAACAAAGUUAUUGAGGAGCAGUAUUGCCCUAGUGAUAACUGUUCUCAAGAAGUAUUAGCUUAUAAGGACGAAAAUUGUGUAAAUAUAAGUGAAUGUGAAUCUCAAUUAAACAAUAGUGUAAUACUAACUGAAAAAAACUAUCAGGAACCCAUUGUAAACACUGUAAUUGAACUUAAAAACGAAGUGGCCGUUUUAAAUGCCAUAGACAGUUGGAAAUCUAAUAGUGAUUUUUUAUCGGACAGUAUACCUGUUACUGAGUACAGUUUUAGUGUGAACAAUAUUAGUGAAUUUGAUCCCAUGAAAAAUUUAAGAAUGAGUAUCAGAAGGAAAAGAGUUAAAAGUUGUUCUUCUGGAUUAUCACAUAAUGAAUCAUUAAAUCUUGAAGAAAAAGAGACAUAUAGAAGGAGGUUCAAGAAGAAAAAGCGUAGACUUACCAAAGAUGCUAAUAUUUUAACAUCUCUAGAUGCGUAUAUAACCCAAGCUCACGAAGUGAAUCUAGGAAUACCCACAAUAGAAUUAGAUAUUACAGAAUGUCUGGCGACGUCAUUAGAAGUACCUAGAUGGCGUCACAAAAUCUAUGCCAGUUGUUACACCAUGGAAGGUACGGAAAACUUAGACGAUGAAGUAUUUAAUAAAAGACACAUGAGGUUAGAAAAUGACGAAAGGCGACGGAAAAGGUGGGACGUUCAAAGAAUAAGAGAACAGAGGGUGAUAGAGAAACUAAAGCUACGGCAGGAAAAGGUGGGGCUGGCAGCGAAAAGCGACGGGCACGAACCAGUGACGUCGCUAUGGCCGAAACUAGAAGACAUCAAAUUCCUGGAGGUCACCGACGAGUUACCAGUGGCCGCUUUUGGUUCGCCCAUAAACAAAUUCGAUCCCAGUGAGUUCCAGGUGCCGUGGAUAAACAAUCCAUCGGUUCUAACCAAAAAACCUCAAGUUCAUAAAUCGACGGGUCGACGGCGAGGCUCGAAAAGAUGAAACUUAGUUUAAGAGUGACCAAACCAGUACCUGGAGUUCCGAUGAUUAGCUUUUGAAAAAGAAGACGACAAAAAAAUCGAAAGAAUUAUAAAAUACAAAGAAAUUUGAAACGUUUUUUGUACACGACUUGUAUAUAGUUUAUAAGCUGAAAUCAUUUUUUUGUUGUUAGAUUUAAGGCGCGGCGCCGGUCAAUCUGUAUAGUAUGCGCGAUGAGUGUCGUUUAUCUCCCCGAAAGAAAAUAUAAUUUGCCCCUCCGCCUUGCUUUAUUGGCGAAUCUCUUAAUAUUGUUUUUGCAUAAUUUUGUGUUUGUUUUAUUAGACAGAGUCAAAGUGUGUUUUUACUCGGUAAAUUGUGGGAUAGUUUUGGUUUCUUCCAUUUUUCAUGUUUUUGGGGUGCUAAAUCCGAAUAUGAGCUUUGUCAACAAAAAUCCGCGUAGCAGCAUUGAAAAAAAAAAAAAUUAAAAGGAGAAAAAUCUCUUUUUUUUAACGUUUUUUUUAACGUUUUUUUUUUAACUUUUUUUUAACGUUUUUUUUUUUAAGUUUUUUUUUCUUAUAACUCUGAAACUAUCAACUUUUCGUAAAUAAUCUUUCUAAUCAUAAUGAAAGUACAUAAAAGUUCGUACAAAUUUCACAAUUUAGGUUUUUCUCCGACAAACCAUUCAGGCUCAAACGCUAGUUGAAAAUAGGCUGUCACAAAAAAAAUUAUUAUUAAAGGCUUUCAUUUAGUAAAUUCCUCCCAUUUCUCUGCACAUAUAUAGUUAUUUAAGUAAAGGUACAGGUCAUUUUAUCAAAAAUUACACAAUCAAGUUAUUUAAUGAAGUUUGGAAGUAUUGAUAUAUAUUAGAUAUAUCUUCUCCCGGGGGCUCGACGUUUUCACACUCGUAUUUGCACGGAAUUUAAAUACAAUGUGAUUUUUAAACUGUCUUCUUUGAUACCAGUCUACAUUGUAUUCAACUUAAAAAUAUGAGAAAUUCACCAAGUGGCAACCGUUAACUGACAGUUUUAGAGUAAAAAAAUGGUUAAUUAAAUUUUUGGAAAGUUUUAUGUAUUUUUAUUCUGAAUAGGAAGGUUAUUUACGAAAAGUUGAAAGUUUCAGAGCUAUAAGCAAAAAACUAAUUUUUUUUUAAUAUUGCUUCACGAAAUUUUAUUAGCAAACCUCAGAUUCCAAUUCAGCACCCCAAAAAACUUAUGGAAUGGUAGAAUUCAAAACUACCUUACAAAUUGCCCGCUAGAGGCAAUUUUAAGCAAAAAUUGACUGUAUUAUUAAAAGGGAUUUUUUAUUUAUAAAAUCAUUUUAAAAAAUCGGAUAUACAUAUUUUUUUUACAUAAUUUGUAUGGGGUAUGUAUUUUAUUCUACAUUAUUAGAUUUCAACUAAUUUUAUUUUAACCGUAAAAUGGCUACAGUUUACCCAAGACUGAUAAUUUUGGCAACAUUUUUUCUAAAAAUACUUUUGUUCAGUAUCAAUAACAGGUGCUGAUUUCCAGAAAACUAGCAAAAAUCUUAUAAUUGAUCCAAUUUCUCAAAUCAAAAUCUGCUAAAAUAAAAGCAAACGUGCUUCCUUUAUAAUCAGCUAAAUGUACCGCCCACAAUUUUACCAUUACAUAAUUUAUUUAAAUAAUAAUUAGACCAAAUGUCAUUCUGGGAACGCAUUUAAUUUUAGUAUUAAAUGAUUUUUUAUCAAUUUGGAAACGUUUGUUUUUAAGUAAAAACGCUAAAAUUACUGGAUAAGUAAUUUGGACGAGGAACUAUUUUGAGAGUCGAUUCUCUGCUUUUUUCCUAUAGGUUACGUAUUCAGGAAUCUUAAGUUGUAGGAAUAUUUUCCCAAGCAGAAAAUGAAUUCACUUGCCCAUAGAAUAGGGAUUUAAUAAUCCUCUAAGAUUUUGUGUAAAGUGGUGUCAUCAAAUGUUGGAAGUCUUUAAAUCUCGUUUAUUUAGUUAAUUUAGUAGAUUUUUCUAACUUUAUAAGGAAGAACUACUUAGAAUUUUUUAGGCAUUAAUAUUUAAUAUGUGGUCUUCUUUAUUAAUAAAUUUUGGGUAGUUUUUUAGAAAUAACUGAAACAUUUUCUUUAUAUAUUAUUGAACAACUACACCGAUUCUGUAAAAUUGAGACAAAAAAUAUAAAACGACUUAGAACAAUACAACAAUCUGCAGCUCAAAAUAAAAACUAAACAUAUUAACAAUACCCAUAACUUAAAAUAUAAAAUAUUUUAUUAUGUAAAAAAUGGAUUAAAUUAUACGAACGUUUUAUAAUUUAUGAUGCUGUGAAUUUACCAUAAUUUGCAAAUAUAUACAUAUUCCUAAUAUUCGUAAUAAAAUCGAUUUAUUAAACGCUGCAGGUUUUUAACUUUCCUAUCUAUACAGAAGUAAAAUAUAGGAAUUAUAAUUUUUUUCGAAGGAUUUUUACGUUUUGGGAUCCCCUGAAUCCAUUUUGACUAUUUUCGCGACGAUGUUUGUAUGUGUAUAUGUAUCCAUGAUAUCUUAAAAAGUGGAUAAAAAGGGAUAAACAUUAAAUUUUAAACUAAUCUAUUCUCCAAUGAGUUGAUUUAGAUUUUGGGCAUAGUGGGAGUAUUUGCGGGGUACUUCACAGGGGCUCAUUUUUCUACUUUAAGGAAUAUAUCUAUUAUUUACGCUUGGAGAAAAUUCGUUAAAUAAAAGUUGCUUGUGAUGUCAUUAUCUAUAAUUUUUGUCCUAUACAUGAUUUCCCUAAAAUAAACCGUAUUCGAGAAAUUUGAGUUAAAAGGCAAAAUUUCGAGGCACCUAUUUGCAAAAACCGACAUGUGAAUGUUGUUUAAAUGUUGGAAAAGUGAGAAAAACGUUUUAUUAAAUUAUGGCGUGCUGAAAUUAAAAGAAUUUUCAUUUGCCUUGUAGAUGAUGACUUUAUGGUAACAUUUACACCUUUCUUUCAAAUCUUGUAAUUAACUUAUAAAAUUAAUUAAAAAUUUCAAAUGUCGGAAUUUAAAAGUGUUUUAUGUCGGUUUUUGAAUGGUACUUUGAAAUAGAAAUCUGAUUUUGCAUCUCAUGCAGGGCAAUCUUUAUGAAUGGAAUAAAUUUAAAAAAUACAUAAUUCGAUUUAUUUAUUACAAAAAGAGAAAAACAAAAGUUAAAUCCUUAAUAAAAAUAAAUCAAAAAUUAAAAAAAAAUAACUCAAAGGUAAUUGUCUUCAUUCUCUUCUUCCUCAUGGACUUCGGCCACCUCAGCUGGUGUUGGUCGUUCAAAUGCUUUCUUGAAGUAAGAUAAUUUUUCCGUAUUUUGCCAAUCUUCACCAUAAUGUUUGAAAAGUAAUAAAGAUAUACUUUUUAUUUUAUCAGGUUUAACGGUUUUAGCUACGUUAAGCUCUGCAGGCUGGAUGUCUACCUCUCUUUAACAAAAACUUGCUAUCCCCUAUGGCAUUCUAGUAAUGUGGUUCUUCGCGAAUUUUAAUCAUGUUGUCUGUAAUGUUAAAAUAAUUCACUUCAUCUUGCUUAUUUGAAAAUGCCAACUGGCUGUUGAUUUUAAAACUGCUUCACUUUCUUUUAUGAAAUCGAACACUUCGUAGUAACUUCCCAUUUUGUAAAUUUUACCGUCUUGAUUAAUAAUAUUUUUUUCUAUUAGCUCAAAAACCCUAUGGGGACAAAUAAAUGAAUGCCCCACAACUGGAAAUAGAAUCUCUAUGUGCUCAAUAUGAUUUGGUGCGCGUAAUUCUUUAACCAGUACAUGCACAUCACUACCAUUAUUGAAUUACCCUCCGCAUCCGUCAGCUACAAGGCGUACAGUUUUCACAUCUUCUAGAAAUUGGCGAGAGCAGAGCUUGUAGAAUAUCGCCAAAGAAAUUUUGUUGGAGCCUUUUCCUCAUGUCUUCUUCAGUCUACAGAUACGACAAAACAUUUUGCUUAUUUAGUGAAGUUGGCGUAAAGCCAUUAACACUGGUCAAGUUAUAUAGAUUUAAUUGUAUACUAAAGUAGCAUGCUUAGAUUAGAUUUAAUUAGGACUAUGGGCCAUGUGGCCUCCCCACCUCGAUCUUUUUAGAUCUAUUGUGGAUAUCCUUCAAUCGUUGUUUAGAGUACCUUGUCUAAUUCGGUGUUUUGUAGUAGACUCCAUAGACUGGGAAGUAGUUCUCCGAUAUAGCUAGUUGCCCUUGGUUUUUCUUCUCCAAGUGUAAGGAAUCUCAGUCUUGCUAGACCUUCGCAGUAGCACAAUACGUGUUCUGCCGUUUCCUCAUCUUCCUGACAGAAGCGGCACAAGGUCUCUUCUGUCAGACCGAUAUUAUACAUAUGUUUGUUAAGCCUACAAUGUCCUGUUAAUAGACCUACUAGUACUCUAGUAUUUUUCACAUUAAGACUUAGUAGAUGCUCGGUGAGUUUAGGCGAUAGUACUUUUAAGAACUCUUUGGCCUGUCUCUGUCCUGGUGAGUUUUUCCACCAUUCCUGAGAUUUUUAAACAUUUUUUAAACAAGUAGCAUGCUUGAUCAGGAAGCUUUGGAAGGGCUAGGUGGUUCUUUUGGCAGUUAAACGAGAAAACGGAAACUUCACUUACAUCUUCCUUUAGGAAUUUCAAAACGCCUGUGCUUUCAACUUUUGUACUUGAUGAUGACCGGUUUGGCUUGAGGAUCUAAACCAAUCUUGAACUUCUCCUGAAACUGUACACAAGUAGAGCAAUCGUCUGUUUCUGGAGAUCCGAAACCUAUGUUGUAAUUUGUGUUAAGUAUUCGUCGAAAAUACGAAAGUUUUACUUUACAAUUUUGUUAUAUUUAACUCCGCAGGAAGAUACAUACGCUGAACAUUUUUAAAUCUCGCAUAAUGGCUUUCGAUACAUGUUAAACUUUCGAUAAAAUUUGUUCUUUUUAAAUUUUUCUUGUAUUUUUAAAGAUCUUCGAUUCCCGCCUCUAUUUUUUUUUGGGAGUACUUCCCGUUUCGUAAUGUCGUCUAACUACAUCCGUCACUCGAUCUUUUUUGAGGUUCAAUAUCCUCAAAAAAUAAAUUUUUCAAAUCUGGAUCAUGGAACCCUUCUCCGAUCUAAUUUAAUAUUUUAUUGAAUUUUUUUUGGUUUGUUUUUGUUGGUAUUUUUUUCUUUUUGGCGGAAAAGCCUUGCAAUAGUUUAAAAUCAUAUCCUGGUCUAUUUUAUUUUUAGUACCAUAAAAUGCUUGUGAAAUUCUCUAAUUGUCACUAAUGACAAUUUCUGUUUAUUUGUGCAAUGCCACAAUUUGGAUAUAGGGGCAAUUCCUGUGCUGUGUAUCUGUAAUAAUAAUAAAAGAAUAAUAAUGUUUUGAAUGAUAAAUAAGUACCUUUUUGUUUUAGCUCUCGUUUCCAUUUAUAUUUGUUCACUUUUCUUUUUUUUGGCUUGAUCUGGUGUUUUUUUCUGUUUAAAUCCAUUUUUUCUAAAUAAUAAAAUUUAUUUACAACCUGUUGUUGCCUAUAAUAAUUAUAAACUUCAGUGGUGGUAAACAAUGGUGACAAAUACAAAAUCACGUGAUGCGUUUAUAUUGUCUGUUUUUGCAGAGAACUUGUUAAAACAGAUAUCGGUUUUUGAAACUAAUGCUCUAAUUAAGACAUGAUUUUAAGGUGUAAGAAGUCGCUUUUUAGACGUGAAAGUUGGAUAGACAGAUGUAGAAGACCCAUUUCAUUGAAAAUUUCGUCAAAUGUCGGUUUUUGCAAAUAGGCGUCACAUAUAAUGUGUGUGAUUAGAUGGACCGUACUCAAUAUUUUUUAAUAAAAUUGAUUAUUUAAUUUAUUAAUUAAAUAAACGAAUGUGGUAUGAAUAUUUUUUUUUACUACAAACAUGAGAAAUCACUAUUAUUUACUCCAUUUCUCUAACUUGAGAAAUGAAUAACUUCUUUAUUUUGACCGGUUUGAAUGGAACUUCUAGCAAUAAGGUUGUAAGUUGAUGUAAGUGUUUUUAUCUCACAUGCCGAAAAAGGUAUGUGUCGCACACAAGUAAUAAAGUAAUAAAAUUUUUAAUUGUAUGCAGCAAAAAAUAUUGUUUUGAGACAGGUAUCUAUAAAAAAUAUAUUUUUUUUAAUUUGCCGUGUAUGCGAAAGUAUAUUUGUUUGAAGAAAAAUUACAAUUUCUCAAAUGUGAGACCAAUUUAAAAUAAAAUAGAAGCCAGAGAAAGAAAAAUCUCAAAGUCCGUGUCACAGCAAAGUUGACUGUCGAGCGACCCUUUCCCUCCUGAAAACAACUACUUCCUUGUUUAAUACUGCAACAGGCAUUGCAUUAUAUCAGUGUUGAAAAUUAUUUUCUAUCUUUGCUCUUUUCCUACUGAUAUAAAAGGCAAUGCCUGUUGUAGUAUUAGCCAAGGGAGCAGUUGCUUUCAGGAGGGAAAGGGUCGUUCAACAGUCAACUUUGCUGUGACACAGACUCUUGAGAUUUUUUCUUUUCCUUCUAUUUUUUUUAUUUAUUUGCAAAAAAAGUGAUUUUAUAAAAUUCUAUCCCCAUUUAAAAAAUUACGAUACUUACAAAAUAAAUUUGUAAACUAGCACAAAAUUAUGCAAAAUAAAUUAUAUUAGGACAAAAGGAAGACAAUAUGGGGCGUCUGAAUAUACCGAAAAAUGUUUUAUUUAAAAAAAAAAUAAACAGAAACGUUUCUGCUUGUAUUUACCAUAAAAUAAUUUCGACGUUAUUCAUUUUUGAAUCAAAUAUAAAUAAGGGAAAUUAUUUCUGACAACUACUGAAUUUAUUUUAUCAUAAUUUAUCAAAAUUUUGGUAAUUCUUAUUUCACACUAAUUAGACCAACUAUGGUUUUAGGCAGAGGUCAAAGAAACAACAAACUUCGGCGUUUCAUUUUUAAAGUGAGUGCAAAUAAAGGUAACCCUAGUUAUUGUUAACACCUUAACUGCCACGUGGUACACUAGCCUACCUCGAUGAAGUUUCCGUUCUGGCCAAUGUUACAACUAUCUUCAAUCACCUCUUUAAAAAAAAUUAAAUUGAAAUAAUUUUGUUCGUUUUUGUCGUUAUUAUUUUCUAAAUUCAAAGGAAUGUUUAUACUUAUACAUUUUACAUUUGUGUAUAUUCCAAAAUUUUCAUUUGAAGUUUAUCCAAUGACAUUUUUUCUCCGUUAGUUUCAUUUAAUAACUAUUAUGACGUGGUUUAGCAUUCUCUCUAUUUCAAUUAUUUGUCCUUUGACUUUCCUGAUUAUUUACUCUUUUAUACUUAUUUUCCUAAUUUAGUAAGUUUUCUUGUUUGCUGUCGUCAUUUUGUCGAUAAUUUUGUUUCUUACAUUUUUAUUGUAGUCAUUAUCAUAUCUCCUGGUCUUCAUGUAAUUUCCUCUAUUCCAAUUUUUAUUUCUUGUAUAUCCUGCAUAAUUAUUAGAAAUAUUAAAAAUUUUUAUGUCCUCUUCUUGUCCAUAAAUCCUAUUAUAUCAUUAUUUUUAAUUAUAUUUUUUUCUUUUCCUUCAUAACUGGAGCUGGGCGAUUAUCAAAAUAAAUAAUCGGUUAUUUUCGAUUAAUCAAUUAUUUUCGACUAAUCGAUUGUUUUCGAUUAUUAGUUUAAUCGAGAAAUCG